AAAUUGACGAAGUAACCGGAAAAGAUGCUUUGUGCAUGACGCAAGAUGCGUGGCAGAUGGUAGUACAAGAAGCUGCAGGCGAUCAUUUAAGCUCUUACUGUUCUACGUUCUGUGACUUGGGAAAAUGCAUUUUAAAGGCCUCGGAUGCCACGAUGCAUGGUAUCCGUUUUUCCUCCUUCCGUUUAUUUCUUAUUUUUAUCAGCAUGUCCGACGGAUAUUAUCACCAAUCUGGAUACCCUCCUCCACCACCGGCAGAUGGCCCACCUCCUGGCUAUCCUCCACCGCAAUACGGCGGCCAUGGGGUACAUUGUCCUACUUUUGAACAACAUGCAAAUAGAUACAAAAAAAAAAUAAGCUACACGUCAUAGAGCUGACGCAGGAACACAAAUUACAUUUUG